AACGCUUCAGUCUCAUUCCGUGUGACUGACACAGUUUGGGCAGAAAGUGUCUUGUAACAGUUUGAAGUCUAAAAUUAGGGAGGCACCCCAACAGCAAAUGACGCAAGAGCACUAAAGUGGACAGUCUCCUCGUGUGUGCGUGUCAAUGACAGGACUCCGGACCAUGGAAACGCUCCCUACAACUUUGCUGUUGUUGAUGACACCGGGGGUAUUUUUGGAUGUUGUUGUCAUCUUUCCGUAACGGCCCGGCCGCGGCGUUCGGUAUAAAGGACUCCUUCAAAAUGCAGCUGUACAACAGUGUGCUGACACACUACCCGAGAUCGUCUCGCAAAGUUACAAUAACUUUAUCGACCGCUUCUGAGCGUCUGAACGGGACUACAGCGAGCCCCCCUGAGGCCGAGAAAGAGGGAUUCAAAGACCCAGGAACAAGCCCAGCCACCAACGGAGAUCCGGCGCCUGAGACUGCUGCUUCUUCCGCAAACAUGCCUGCUUUUUCAUGUUACGAGGCUUCUUCCAUGAGGCCGAUUUACUUCACAUCCACCGCUGAGAUAUUAAUCCGCCGACCUGAUGGAGUGGAGAGGUCUGUUCCUGUUCAUAUUGUGAGGGAAUCCAAGACCAAACCCCCCUCUCCGGACUCUCAAAGUAAUGGUGAGAGUAUCCUCUGUGAUUCUGAUGUGAUAGUGGACUUGAUAGAUCAUAUCAGUAAUGGGACGGAUGAAUACCAGGAGCUGGUUGGAGGUACUUUUUUCAGCCAUAACAGCAUGUGUAGACCCCAAAUAGAAGACAGAAGGAUUGUGGGGGGUUCAAGUGAGGAUGAUACAGAUUCCAUGAUUCAUCCCUCCUUCAGAAGCAACGGAUGGUCCUCAUUACAGGAAGAGGAGCUAGUCCCCACCAGGGCAGCUCAACCCGAAGACCUCGUAAACAGAGGUUUUAUUGCUCCAGAGUCUGAGGAGAGAAGGGCCUUCGAGCUCAGCGUUCUUCAGGAGGCAUCUCAACAGAGACGGCAAGAAAAAGAGGACAUCAACGAUAAAGUCACGAGGUACCUGGCUGAAGUGGAGAAACAAAACAGGUACCUGCAGGAGAGGCACAAAUUCAGGUACCACGUCAUUCCAGACGGGAACUGUCUCUACAGAGCCGUGUCCAAGGCCACGUUCGGGGACCAGGCCAGACACUCUGAGCUGAGGGAGCAGACCGUCCACCACAUCGCCGACCACCUGGAUGAGUUCAACCCCAUCAUCGAAGGGGACGUAGGCGAGUUCCUGAUCAACGCAGCACAGGACGGCGCCUGGGCUGGAUACCCCGAGCUCCUCGCCAUGAGCCAGAUGCUGAACGUCAACAUCCACCUGACGACAGGAGGGAGCUUGGAGAGUCCCACUGUCUCCACCAUGGUGCACUAUCUUGGAGAGGAGGACGUUUCUAAACCUGCGAUCUGGCUGAGUUGGCUCAGCAAUGGUCACUACGACGUGCUUCUGGACAGCUCUCUUCCCAAUCCAGAGUACGAGGACUGGUGCAGGAACUCGCAGAUGCAGAGGAAGCGAGAUGAGGAGCUGGCAAAGUCGAUGGCAGCCUCUUUGUCCAAAAUGUACAUUGAGCAAAAUGGAUCUGCGUGAAAGAAAAACACUGUAUAAUGAAAAUUAAAGACAAACACUGACAGCAGACACAAGAACCACUGAUCUGCCUGAUCCACGUGCUUUAAAUUAUUUUUAUAAGAUUUUCAGGAAGACGUGCAGUGCACAUACUUCGUGGUUUUGUAAGGAAUUGCUAGAUUAGUGGCAGAAAUGUUUGAGCCUGGUUGUGAUAGUGUGGGAUAUGGUGAAGUGAAUGAAAAUCUUCUGUUAGUACAUGUCUGAGCUUUUAGUCGCCAUUGUCUGCCUCUACAUUAUGUAAGAUCUGUAUAGCUCUGCUCUCUUUUGCACAGACAAGUCCAGAGAGUUUGAUUUGUAUCUUUGAGGACGAUUAAACAGCCUUUUCUAUUUUUUCCAACUUUGUUUGGGCUUUUUUGACAAAGUAUUUUAAAAUAAAGUCUCCAAAAAGCAGAUUUGUAAUGCUUUUGUUUUUAACAGCAAUCCUUUUAAGGGAGUUUCCACUGAAAUACUCAUAAAAGGUAUCUCUAACGUACAAAGUGCAGAAUUUUGGGACCUGUACCUUUAAGAGGAUGACUUGAUGCAUUACUCAUCCUUCACUCUGCCGUCCUGAAUUAAAAAGUGAUGUUUGGAAUACGUAAUAAGAAGUGACUCCGUAGCCGACGACCUCUCUCUCAGGUCAGGCU